CAGGGCUAUGCAGCAUGGGGACCUUUUGGUGGUCAGAUAAGCAGCGCGCCGAAGAAAUUCGCCUAUCUAUACUACCAGACCUGCGACCACCAGACUCCACUGGGAGGGUCCUGUAGAAAGUGCAGAACAUCAAGAACAGAAGAGUUUGUUUACUUUGCUUAUUGAAGUCUUCUGGGGGACCAGCUUACCGAACUCAGGAUAAAUACAGAAGCUCCUGCAGGAGAAAGUCUUCCAUAAAUAUAAGAGCUAUGAGUGGCACUGUAAUUCAGGAAUUCUCUGAAACCAUGCAGAUGGACAGUGUGGAGCUGUGGGGAUCCAGCGACAGUGACCUGGAGGUUGACAACAGACUGAUUCCCUCUUUCGGCGUGCUGACCCAGGACACCGAGAGAGUUCCCAUGGACACACACUACCAAUCUGAGUUUGGAUUUCUGAGUGAUAGAGCAGUCCAAAACGAUGAUGUACCAUACACGGUAUUUACGAUCCACACACUGUUUGAUGCAGCAGCAGAUGGAGAUAAAAAUAAACUGAAGGGGUUGCUGACCUACCUUAAGCACACCUCCAAAUGCCUAACAGACUGGGAGUUCCGGGAUCCUACCAGUGGGAAAACAGUUCUCUUGAAGGCCCUCUUAAACCUAAGAAAUGGGCAAAAUGACACCGUUGAGUUGCUUCUGGCCAUUGCAGAGGAAACUGGAGAUCUGGAUACUUUUGUCAAUGCAGCAUACAAAGACAGCUUCUUUAAAGGACAGAGCGCCCUGCAUAUUGCCAUUGAGAGGCGAAGCCUCCACUUUGUGAAGCGUCUUGUGCAGAAAGGGGCAUACGUACAGGCCAAAGCCCAUGGAAAAUUCUUCCAGUUAAACACCAAACCUGGAUUUUACUUUGGUGAACUUCCGCUAUCAUUGGCAGCUUGCACUAAUCAACUGAACAUUGUAGAAUAUCUAUUGUGGAAUCCCUACCAAAAGGCGGACAUCACAGACAAGGACUCCCAUGGAAACAUUGUGCUUCAUGCUCUGGUCACCAUUGCAGACAACUCUCCUGAAAACACAGCCUUUGUCACAAAGAUGUAUGAUGAGAUUCUGCUAAGGGCAGGCAAGCUCUACCCUAGACUCAAACUGGAGGAAAUUGAGAAUAACCAAGGUCUGAAUCCCAUCAAACUGGCUGCCAAGACUGGCAAGAUUGGGCUGUUCAGACACAUUGUGAGACGGGAGUUCCUGGACGAGGAGAGCAUUCACCUGUCGAGGAAGUUCACCGAGUGGGCGUACGGCCCCGUCUACUCCUCCCUCUACGACCUGGACUCCCUAGACACCUAUGAGAAGAACUCCGUGUUGGAGAUCAUUGUCUAUGACUGCGAAAACCCAAACCGUCAUGACAUGCUUCAGAUAGAGCCUCUACACAGUCUGUUGGAGGAGAAGUGGCAUACUUUCGCACGGCCAAUAUUUUGGUUCAACUUUGUGGUCUAUGUUGUUUAUCUUGGAAUAUUCACCUCUGUGUCUUGUUUUAGAAAAGAGGGAAAGCCACCAUUUCCAAUUGAGCAUGAAACAUCUGACUAUUUUCGUCUUGGAGGAGAAAUAAUCAGCCUCCUUGGUGCUGUUUACUUUUUCUUCAGAGGGAUAUCAGACUUCAGGAGAAAGCGUCCAAAGCUAAAAACCUUACAGGUGGACGGAUACAGUGAAUUUCUUUUUUUACUGCAGGCCGUGCUCCUGCUGAUCUCUGCAGUGAUGUAUGCCAGCGGGUGUGCGGAGUAUGUGGGCUGCCUGGUGAUCUCCCUGGCUCUCAGCUGGGUCAACCUCCUCUACUUCUCCAGGGGCUCCAAGCACAUGGGCAUCUACAGUGUUAUGAUACAGAGGAUGAUCCUCAGUGACAUUUCUCGCUUCCUUUUCGUAUACAUUGUCUUCCUUUUUGGAUUUUCAACAGCGGUUGUGACUCUCAUUGAAGAACCACCAGUGGCUCAAGAGAUGGAGCUGGGUGCAGGGUGCCAGAGACACUCCUACAACAACAUCUACUUCACCACCCUGGAGCUCUUCAAGUUCACUAUCGGCAUGGGCGACCUGGAGUUCACCGAGCAGUACCAGUACAAGCAGGUGUUCUUCAUCCUGCUCAUCUCCUACAUCGUGCUCACCUACAUCCUUCUGCUCAACAUGCUCAUCGCACUCAUGAACGAGACCGUGGAGAAGAUAUCCCGAGAGAGCGAAAGCCUAUGGAAACUGCAGAGAGCCCUGACUAUCCUGGACCUGGAGCGCAGCCUCCCUCGCUGGCUGAGGAAGAACUUGCGCUCUGGGGUUCUGAAGGAGCUGGGGGACAGACCAGGCAACGACAUCCGCCGCUGUUUUAGUUUGGAGGAGGUGAACUGGAGCAAGUGGCAGACAGACCUGGGCAUCAUCACUAAAGAAAUUGGGAGCCGUGACAUCGAGCCUACUCAUCAAAAGAAACCACUCGGAGAGAGGAGGUUGUCACACGUUGUUUCUGCGCUCAGAGGCGGCUUGGCUCCGCCUGCCAAAAGCCACGUGCACGAGGACAAGGGAUCCUGAGGAGUCCAUCCAACAGAGCCAGCAGUGGUGGGUCAGCCACAUCUGAUCUGGAGUCAGCUGCAAACAGGCCACAAUCUGAGACGACCACGUCAGUGACCUAUAUGAGACUUUCACACAUGUGAAUGAGUUCAAUUUAUAGGUAUUUUAUGUACGGAUUAAUGUGCCAAUUAAACGAGUCAAGGAAUGCGAUUAUAAUGGCCUUAAGUGGCUGUGUGCUAAGUGACACGCGAUAUACUUACUUCUUUUGGAAACACUGGAACAAACAUUUGUAUGUGUUUUAAUUACUGUGGAUAGUUAUUUGUAUGUCUAAGUAUGUAACAGACAAUAAAUGCACCUGUAAUCAUC